CGCAUAUGGGAUCCUUGAGUCCUGAAAACGACUCCUUUGAAUAGCUUAAAUGGCUGGAUUUGGCACAUUAAACGUUACUCAUCCAUGUAGUAUUACGCAGGCUUAAUCACUAAACAAGGGGACUUGGAGAUAAAACACUGACCAACCAUGCAGACAUCAGUGUGUAGGCUGACCCUGUGUAAGCUGGGCAAGGUCCAGAUUGGCCAACUCAGGGGUGCCCUUCUGAUCCCCAUUCCUCGGCUCAUGCUCCCCAGUACGCGCAUGAUCUUCAGUGAUACAGGAGUAUGGGAGAAGGACUACCGAGCUGAGACCAGACAACAGGUAGAACAGUGGUGGCACCCACGGAUCAUGGAGCAGUGGCGGAGGGAUACAUCGGAGGAGGGUUCCCAACGCACGAAGUUUUAUGUCCUUUCCAUGUUCCCAUACCCAUCGGGGCGCUUGCACAUGGGUCAUGUUCGUGUGUAUACCAUCAGUGACACCAUUGGCCACUUCCAGAGAAUGAGAGGACAUCAGGUAUUAAACCCAAUGGGCUGGGAUGCUUUUGGACUUCCAGCAGAGAAUGCAGCUAUUGAGAGAGGCCUUGACCCAGAGGAGUGGACAAAAAGUAAUAUUAAGUCCAUGCGGGAGCAGCUCGACAGCUUAGGGCUUUGCUUUAAUUGGGACCGGGAAGUGACCACUUGUCAUUCGGACUACUACAGGUGGACCCAGUACCUGUUUAUCAAGCUCUUUGAAGCAGGACUAGCAUAUCAGAAAGAGGCAGUGGUGAACUGGGACCCCGUGGACCACACAGUGCUGGCUGAUGAACAGGUGGAUGAGAACGGCCAUUCCUGGAGGUCUGGCGCCCUGGUGGAGCAGAAACUGCUUAGACAAUGGUUCAUCAAGACCACCAACUAUGGCAAACCUCUCCUCGACGCCUUGGCGGACCUUCCAGAGUGGUACGGGGUCAAAGGCAUGCAGGCCAACUGGAUUGGAAACUGCACCGGCUGCUACUUUGAUUUCAACCUCAAGGUGAAUGGUGAGGAGACAGGGGAAACCUUGGCAGCCUACACCUCCUCCCCAGAGGGUGUGUUUGGGGCGGCUUACAUCGCUGUCCUCCCCUCCCACAGGCUGCUCCAUGGUACCAGUCCAGUCCGCUCUGCCCUGGAGAAAGCCUUUCAGCCAGGCAGAGACUCCCUAACAGAGGUCACUGCCUGCAACCUAUUCACCCUCCGUGAGGUUCCGCUGGUCAUCUCGCACAAGACGGCGUUUGACGAUUAUCUUGACACUGUGAUUGGUAUCCCAGAUGUUUGUGAGGAGGCUAUGUCUGUGGCCCGAGCACUGGAUCUGAGAUGGGACACAGUUCUUAAAGGCAAUGAAAAUGAAACACAGACUCUGGUGCACUCAGAUGAGUUCACAGGCCUCACCAGAGAGCAGGCCUUUGAGUCCAUUACCCACAAGGCCAGAGAGAGGAAGGUGGGCGGCCACCUCACCAGCUCCAAACUCAGGGAUUGGCUGAUAUCAAGGCAGAGGUACUGGGGGACCCCAAUCCCUAUAGUACACUGUGGGUCUUGUGGUCCAGUGGCCGUCCCUGAAGAGGAGCUUCCUGUAAUCCUGCCAAAACUACCCUCUAUAACAGGGAAGGGAGCGUCUCCUUUGGAGGCGGCACAUGACUGGGUUAGCUGCACAUGUCCCAGAUGUAAGGGUCCAGCCAGGAGGGAGACCGACACCAUGGACACAUUUGUGGACUCAGCCUGGUAUUACUUCAGAUACACGGACCCGUAUAACCAAGAUAGGCCUUUUGGACGGUCUCAAGCAGAUCACUGGUUGCCUGUAGAUGUCUACAUUGGAGGGAAGGAGCACGCUGUCAUGCACCUGUACUAUGCUCGCUUCCUCUGUCACUUCUGCAGGGACCAGGGGCUGGUGGCUCACAGAGAGCCUUUCAGAAAGCUGCUGGUUCAGGGUCUGAUCAAGAGCCAGACGUUCAAACUGGCAGAGGGUGGCCAGUAUGUAAAGAGAGAAGACGUAGAUUUCACAGCCGGUGAGCCGGUGGCGGCGGGGGGCAAACGCCUUGAGGUGACCUGGGAGAAGAUGAGCAAGUCCAAACACAACGGGCUCGACCCCCAAGAGGUAGUGAAGCAGUACGGCAUCGACACGGUCCGCCUCUACAUCCUGUACGCUGCUCCGCCUGAACAGGACAUCCUCUGGAACGCAAAGACCGAUGCCCUUCCCGGGGUCUUACGAUGGCAGUCCCGUUUGUGGAGCCUGGUGACCAAGCUGAGGGGAGCUAGACAGCUUGGAGACGUCCCCGACCCCUUCUCACUUAAAAAAAAGGAACAGGAGGAGGCCAGGAACAUCUGGAGUAAUAAAAACUAUGCUGUGGAACAGGUCACGGCUCACUUCACAGAGGACUUCCUUUUGAAUGCGGCCAUUUCUCGUCUCAUGGGGCUCACCAACACACUGAAUAGUGCAACAUUUAAGGUGGUGCUGAACAGCCGGGAAUUUGAAGAAGCUUUAGCCACACUGUGUGUGAUGACAGCGCCUAUGGCCCCUCAUCUAGCCUCUGAACUAUGGACAGGUCUGUGCCAGGUAAAGAACCCCCUCAGCACCCUCCUCUUGAGGGGUGGAGAUGUACUGCAGCAACCUUGGCCAACUGUCGACCAGGAGUACCUCGAGGUCUCAGAUUCUGUGGAGCUGUUUGUACGGGUAAACAACAAGGCGUGUGGAAGCGUGACGGUGCCCCUGCAGGUGUCCAAGGAUGCUGAGCGGGUGCGGCAGCUGGUUCUGGAGAGCCCACUCGGACAACAGCUCCUAGGCAACCGCAGCAUCAAGAGAGCCAUCCUCUCUCCAAGGACCGCGCUUAUCAACUUCCUUAUUGAUGAGUGAUGCUGCAUCUUCUCUCCAAGGACCACGCUUAUCAACUUCCUUAUUGAUGAGUGAUGCUGGGGAGCUCAACCGCUGUUUUACAACUGCUAGUCGGAUGCAAGAUUAGCUGGCGACCAGAGAUUUGACACUGGCACACAGACAUGGGGCUGGGCAUGGGAUUGCAUUUUUUAUGUCAUAUAUUGUAAUUGUAAUUUCCUUCUGAAAGUCUUUUUUUUUGUACAGAAAGUUAUCAAUGGAAUGUAAA